GCACGAUACUAAACGGAAGUGGAGAGCCGCCUCUCUCCACGGAUGAAAGCUUGGCAAGCGCACUAGCAGACGCGUUCAUAACGGGACGGGAGGAAUGAGAAAUGUAGGCUAUAUAGAUUAAAAAAACAAAACGUUAAGCAAUGUCAAUCAGGUGAAACGGAACGUGCCAACCUGCGGAAAUGGUGGACCGGGCACCGAGAGACCCCGUGCAUCGCAGGAGAAGAACCACAGUUUCUGGCGGGGGAACGAACGCUGUUGCAAAUGUUAACGGAGGCAAGGCGCACGGAGACGGGGGUAAAGCCCAGGCGUCCCCGGCCAAUGCCAAAACAGAUGUGUUCUCCAAGCAUGCGAGCAAUGGCAAGUUGGAGAAAAAGACGCAGGACCCAUCGUUUACUGCACAGGGACAUCCGAGAGAGAGGAGCCGAGUGAGGGAUGUUUCCGACCGACUCAGCUGUCACGUCAUGCAGGAGUCCCUGCUGAGCUCUGCCAGUGGCUACAGCAACUACCGGGGCAUCCUCAACUGGUGUGUUGUCAUGCUGGUGCUGAGCAAUGCACGCCUCUUCCUGGAGAACCUGAUCAAGUAUGGUAUCUUGGUCGACCCCAUCCAAGUUGUUUCGCUGUUCUUGAAGGACCCCUACAGCUGGCCGGCGGCCUGCCUGAUCAUCGUGUCUAAUGUCUUCGUCAUAGCGACCUUUUACACUGAGAGACGCCUGGCUGUGGGAAAAAUCUCAGAGUCUACAGGGCUGAUGCUUCACGGGUUGAACUUGACUGCCAUCCUAGUGUUCCCUGUAGUGAUGGUACUCUGUGUCACCUCCCUGACCCCCGUGGGGGGAGUGUUCUCCCUCGGUAUCUACACCAUCCUAUUUAUGAAGAUGUACUCGUACAAAGACACCAACAGGUGGUGCAGAGAGAUCAGACUGGCCAAAGUCAAAAGACUGACGCGCUCAAACUCCUGUCCGUCUGUAACCAGAUUCAGUGGCAAAACCCAUGUAUCGUAUCCAGGGAACCUCACUUAUCGAGACAUGUACUACUUUGUGUUCAUACCUACACUCUGCUACGAGCUCAACUUCCCCCGGUCUCCACGGAUACGGAAGAGGUUCCUCUUGAGGAGACUGUUUGAAAUGCUUUUCUUUAUGCAGCUACUGGUGGGAUUGAUACAGCAGUGGAUGGUGCCCACGGUGCAGAAUUCUAUGAAACCCUUUCAGGAAAUGGACUUCUCCAGAAUGGUGGAACGGCUGUUGAAGCUAGCUGUCCCUAAUCAUCUGAUCUGGUUAAUUUUCUUCUAUUGGUUUUUCCACUCCUCUAUGAACUUUGUGGCAGAGCUGAUGCAGUUUGGGGACCGCGAGUUCUACAGGGACUGGUGGAACUCUGAGACAGUUACCUACUUCUGGGCCAACUGGAACAUCCCCGUUCACAAGUGGUGCUUAAGACACUUUUAUAAGCCAAUGCUGAGGCAGGGGGUCAACAAGUUCAUGGCCCAAACUGCAGUCUUCCUGGCUUCAGCGUUCUUCCACGAGUACCUGGUGAGCAUUCCUCUGAGGAUGUUCAGAUUGUGGGCUUUCAGCGGCAUGAUGGCUCAGGUUCCCCUGGCUUGGUUCGUGGGACGCUUCCUGAACGGUAACUAUGGCAACGCAGCGGUGUGGAUGUCUCUGAUCAUCGGCCAGCCGGUGGCCGUGCUCAUGUACGUGCACGACUACUACGUCAUCCAUUACGGGACAUCAGAGUGACCGCACGCACACACACACCCCCACACAGAGGAGGCGGCACUCAAAAUAAAGGACGGAAUGUAACAUAUGGUGUGCGAUUAAAAUAUGGACAAAUCCCAUUUUUAAAAUGCCAUUCCCGAGGAGAUUGUUGGCGACAACAAUGUGACUUUUCGUUUUCUUGUUGCAUUUAGUGAACAGGACAAGCCUUUUUGAUUGUGCGUUAGUUUUUUGGAAAAUACAAAUGCAUGCCAACAUGUGUGGGAGAGGUGUCAGCCACUGCCUAUUACGAACAGGCCUUUAGUCAAGCCAAGACAAGGAGGAGAAGGAUCGCAAAGGCAGUGGAGACAUACAGUGGGAUCACAGAGUUUUGUCAAAAAAGGAUGAGAAUAUUCUUCUGGUUUGACGAAUGAUUACAGAGUUUAUCUUUGCACUAAUGAACAAAGAACCACUUGUCCUCGUCCUGUUCUUGUUGUUCAUUCCUUACUUCCAUGUUUCGAACACCAAUUCUUGGCUAGGAGAUUUUGAUAGUGAGAAAAGAGUGAAGUGAGAGAAAGCCAUGCAGUGAGAAAGAACUAAGAUGGACUAACUACAAGGGACUGCAAUCAGCGCAAGAGAAGACCCCAACACUACUUUAUUGAAUUAUACUUCGCUUUAUUUUAUUUUGUGUUGUUGAUUUUAACUUUGUGGAACAUUGUGAUUUGAGAUAAUUCUAUUUUGCUAAAUGUUAAUUUAUUUUUAAAUGCACUGAUUGCCAUCCACCUGAAUUUAAUUAUGUUAUAUAUUAUACCUUAUGAAAUUGUAUUUAAUUUGCAAUAACAUUUUUUUAAGUUUUCAAAUGUUUAUCUGGGCUUUUAUGCACAAAAGGAAUGCUUGCUAUGAAUUUAAGCAAUACAAUGCGUCACUACAGCCAUAGAAGUAAUAAGAGUUGGUCUGUUUAUUUUCUGUAUCUUACGUCGAUGUUGUUUCUAAUUGCUUGACUCAAUAGAAAGUAUUCAAGGGAAGCUUUAUUUACUUAAAUUGUGGCCGUCGUUUGCCAUUCGAUUUUUCUUGCAAUAUUCUGAGAAUUGUAUUAUUGAAUUGAAGUUUAAUUUAAUUGGAGCCUUUCACUGUUAACAUGAAAGCUGGCUCCAGGAGUAAUGGCUUUAUGGGAUUGAUUGACUUUGGAAGCUCAGUAAGGAUACUUUGUUUCCUAGUUUUGAAAAGACAAUCGAAAAGACUUCUUCCACUGGUUGUGUGAGCUUAACCUUUUUGAAAUAUGACAUUAUUUGUCCUAGACUUAGGCAAUCCUCACAGGCCUGAAUAGUAUUCCCAAUAGCUCCUAGUGGAAGGUUAGUUAUGCUAAAAGCAUACUAAAGAAAAUUGA